UGGGGGCAUUUCCACGGCUUUUCUCUCAGUUGAAAGUUUUCCUCCGGCCCAGAUGCUCUUCAAUUCGGUACUCCGCCAGCCCCAGUUUGGCGUCCCGAGAAAUGGAUGGUCUUCACAAUACCCUCUACAGUCCCUUCUUACUGGUUAUCAGUGCAACUAUAAUGAUGAGCACACUUCUUAUGGAGAAACAGGAGCCCCAGUUCCUCCUUUUGGAUGCACCUUCUCUUCUGCUCCCAAUAUGGAGCAUAUACUAGCAGUUGCCAAUGAAGAAGGCUUCGUUAGGUUAUAUAACACAGAAUCACAAACCAGUAGAAAGAAGUGCGUCAAAGAAUGGAUGGCUCACUGGAAUGCUGUCUUUGACCUGGCCUGGGUCCCUGGUGAACUUAAGCUUGUUACAGCAGCAGGUGAUCAAACAGCCAAAUUUUGGGAUGUAAAAGCUGGAGAGCUGAUUGGAACAUGCAAAGGUCAUCAGUGCAGCCUCAAGUCAGUUGCCUUUUCUAAGUUUGAGAAAGCUGUCUUCUGUACAGGUGGAAGAGAUGGCAACAUUAUGGUCUGGGACACCAGGUGCAACAAAAAAGAUGGAUUUUAUAGGCAAGUGAAUCAAAUCAGUGGAGCUCACAAUACCUUAGACAAGCAAACCCCUUCAAAACCUAAGAAGAAACAGAAUUCAAAAGGGCUUGCUCCUUCUGUGGAUUUCCAGCAGAGUGUUACUGUGGUCCUCUUUCAAGAUGAGAAUACAUUAGUCUCAGCAGGAGCCGUGGAUGGGGUAAUCAAAAUAUGGGAUUUACGUAAGAAUUAUACUGCUUAUCGGCAAGAACCUAUAGCAUCCAAGUCUUUCCUAUACCCAGGUAGCAGCACUCGAAAACUAGGAUACUCAAGUCUGAUUUUGGAUUCUACUGGCUCUACUUUAUUUGCUAACUGCACAGAUGACAACAUCUACAUGUUCAAUAUGACUGGAUUAAAGACUUCUCCAGUGGCUAUCUUCAAUGGACAUCAGAACUCUACCUUUUAUGUUAAGUCCAGUAUUAGUCCGGAUGACCAGUUUUUAGUCAGUGGCUCAAGUGAUGAAGCUGCCUACAUCUGGAAGGUCUCCAUACCCUGGCAUCCUCCUACUGUGCUCCUGGGUCAUUCUCAAGAGGUCACAUCUGUGUGCUGGUGUCCAUCAGACUUCACAAAGAUUGCUACCUGCUCUGAUGACAAUACACUGAAAGUCUGGCGCUUGAAUAGAGACUUAGAAGAGAAAUCAGGAGGAGAUAAACUCUCCAUAGUGGGCUGGGCCUCUCAGAAGAAGAGAGAGGCGAGAGCCGACCUAGUAACAGUGACAAGUAGCCAGAGUACUCCUGCCAAAGCCCCCAGAGUAAAGAGCAGUCCAUGCAUUUCCUCCCCAUCAUCAGCAGCUUGUGCUCCAAGCUGUGCUGGAGACCUCCCUCUUCCUUCAAAUACUGCCACAUUCUCUCUUAAAACCCCUCCUGCGAAGACCCGAUCUCCCAUCAGCAGAAGAGGCUCCGUGUCCUCUGUCUCUCCCAAGCCACCCUCAUCUUUCAAGAUGUCCAUUAGGAACUGGAUGACCCGGACACCUUCCUUAUCACCACCCAUGACUCCACCUGCUUCUGAGACCAAGAUCAUGUCUCCAAGAAAAGCCCUUAUACCUGUGAGCCUGAAAUCAUCCCAAGCAGUGGCUUGCUCUGAGUCUAGAAAUAGAGUAAAGAGGAGGCUAGACUCAAGUUGUCUGGAGAAUGUGAAACAAAAGUGUGUAAAGAGUUGCAACUGUGUGACUGAGCUUGAUGACCCAGUUGAAAAGCUUCAUUUGGAUCUGUGCUGCCUUGCUGGUAACCAGGAAGACCUUGGUAAGGACUCUCUAGGUCCUACCAAACCAAGCAAGAUUGAAGGGACUAGUAUGAGUGUCACAGAGCCUCCUUCUCCUGCCAGUCCUUAUGCUUCAGAAGGCUGUGGAACGCUACCUCUUCCUUUGGGAUCUUGUGGAGAAGGCUCUGAAGUGGUAGGCAAAGAGAAUAGCUCCCCAGAGAAUAAAAACUGGUUAUUGGCCAUGGCAGCCAAACGGAAGGCUGAGAAUUCGUCUCCACGAAGUCCAUCAUCCCAGACCCCCAACCCUAGGAGGCAGAGUGGAAAGACUUCUCCAGGCCCGGUCACCAUUACUCCCAGCUCCAUGCGGAAAAUCUGUACAUAUUUCCAUAGAAAGUCCCAAGAUGGCUACUGUAGUCCAGAACAGUCAACAGAAUUAUAG